GAUCUACAAUCACUGCAAAGCUCCAGUUCACGUCUUCAUAAACCCGACAAGGUUUCAGCUCUUGGAGGAUCUCGGUCACGCUGGUCUGGAACGAUUUCUGCCCUGUGGUAGGAGCCGGUCUGCCAAGGAGGCUGCAGUAAGCUCGGCAUAACUGAGCUGAAGUGGGACCCAAACAUUCAAAUGCUCCAUCACAUCGUUUCAUCAACAGACAACCUUUCAAAGACGUUAACACAAUCGGUCCAGGAGGUUAAAUGUCCUAUGGUGCUGAGCACAGAGCUUAGCAAGCUCCAGUAUAUUACCUAGCUGUCCUGUGUUCGCCUGGGAGCAGGUGGGUGACAUGCAGGCCGGGAAAGGCUCCCGAGACAGAGUUGAGUACAACCAGGACCAGGACCAGGCAGGUCUACAUUGAAUGGGGUCUGGCCCAGUGAGAGGGAGCCUUGAUGUCUGUCCUGCAGUUGGCCUGUCUGCUCGUCUGCCUCGGGGCACCUGGGGAUCAGGCUGGGCUGUGGAGACCAUGCACAGAUCUGUUACCUCUGGACUUCCUGUCGCGGGUGCUACCAAGGGCAGGGGAGGCCCCCCUCAGUGAGGUCCGCAUGGUACAAUCAAGGGGGGCCCGGGGCCUCCAGCUGGCUGGGGCCCAGUCAGCACCCAGUUUCCCUGCCUCCCAGAUCUUCAACAACUGUGACUUUUUCCCAGGAGAGUUCUCUAUCGUGGUCACAUUCAAGAUCCCACGCUUGACUAACAAGAGGAACGAAUACAUCUUCUCCCUGGUAGAGGAAGACUCUGAUGGGCUACUGCUAGGACUGCGUGUCUCCCAGGAGAAACUUCACUUCCUGUACCAGGGUGCUACGGGCAGGAAGCGGGUCACCUUCAAAGCAGUCAGUCUGGCAGAAAACCAGUGGCACACACUGGUGCUUGCUGUGACUGGGCGAUAUGCCACUCUGACUGUGGACUGUGGAAUGGCUCUGGAGCUGGUCCAGGAACAGCCCUUCCCCACAACACUAAGAACCUCCAACUCCAGGUUUUACAUUGGCAACAGGAGGCGAUGGAAAGGACGUUUCUCUGGUCUGCUGCGACAGCUGGUUCUGUUGCCAGGAUCUGAUGCCACCUCGAGGGUGUGCCCCUCCUCAGACCCCCGCCUGGCAGAGCUCUCCAUUCCCGAGGCCCUGCUCACCCUGCCCAUCGCAUCUUCAGGGAACAACAGUCUCUACCCCUAUGAGGCGGAGGUGCGUGUGACCUUGGGGAUCCAGCCCCCGUGUUCCAAGACGGAGCAGGGUCAGCUGUGGUUCGACACCCUGAACAGAGGUCUGUUCAUGUGUGACGGCACAGCCUGGCAACCUCUCCUACAAGAGAAAAUGCGUCUGGAUUACGUGGAGGACUACCAGGACCUCUACACCAGGUCAGAGACCUUUGACAUUGAGGUGUUCCAGAUCCCCUCGGUGGGACUGUUCAUGGCUACAGCGAACCGUCAGUCCAGGCCCGGCUCUGGGAUCUAUAAGUGGGUGGAUGGAAAGUUUGAGCUUUACCAGAACAUCAGCACCUUUGAGGCCCGGGCUUGGAAGUACUUCACCAUAGACAACAAGAUGUUCCUGGCUGUGGCUAACUCCAUGGGGAGAACUGAGGGGGAGCAGGAGCUGUCCAUCAUCUACAAGUGGAGUCCCAGGAAACUGAAGUUCCUGAGGCACCAGACCCUGGAGACUCACAGCGCCCUAGACUGGGAAGCCUUCAGCAUAAACAAUCAAUCCUUCCUGGUUGUGGCCAAUCACAGACGAGGAGAGGACAACAACCACAACAUAAACAGUGUGAUCUACAGGUGGAACCCGGGCACCAAGGUGUUUGAGGUGAACCAGACCCUGCUGACAUCCGGGGCCUACGACUGGGAGUUCUUCACUGUGGGACCCUACCACUUCCUGGUGGUGGCCAACACUUUCAACGGAGUCUCCACACACAUCAAGUCCACCAUCUACAUCUGGCUUAGGGGCAUGUUCCAGCCUUUUCAGCACAUCACGACCAUGGGGGCAACAGACUGGGAAAUGUUUCAGAUCGGAGGCAGGUACUUCCUGGCUGUAGCCAAUGGACAGAUGCUGGACCAUAGAGGACCCAGCCUCUACACCAUCAACUCCACCAUCUACGAACUCAACAUGAUAACACAGACAUUCAUCAAGUUCCAAGACAUUGUAACCAACAGUGCUGUGGACUGGGAGUUCUUCACUAUAGGAGAGGAGAAGUUCCUUGUGGUGGCCAACUCUCACGACGGCAACUCCUACUCUCUGAACAGUGUUAUAUACAGAUGGCAGGGCUAUGAGGGGUUUGUGCCCAUCCACAGCCUUCCUACCAUUGGCUGCAGGGACUGGGAGUUCUUCAACUCAACUGAGGGUUCCUUCCUGGUCUACUCCAGUGCCACCACUUCCCUGUCUAAAGUCUUCAAACUCAAGACCUACUGAGUAUGAGGGCUUGUAGGAAACCUUGAAGUUAUACUUCAGAUAGCAGGAACCAGAAGAGCUGAAAGCCUGGAAUGGAACUGCAAAAAGAGAGGGGAAAUCAUUUGAAGGCUGAAAUUCUUCAGUGCACAUGAAACCUAUUUCAAAUAUCAAUUAACAGUUUCUUAAAGUACCAUCACUCAAGAAGGGACUAUGUCAUGGUGUGUACCUUUGUAAUGUAGCUCAUAAAUAGACUUACUAUCUCCUGUCACUUUGUAUCAUUGACAACAUUUUGUCAGUUAAGUUUUUAUUAAAUGUAUUAUUUAUUCAUUAGAAGUUUUGGAUUUAGCAUGUUAAUAUUAUUACUGUAUUGUUACUGUAAAGCAUUGCUAACUUUUACAGUGGAUUUUACAGUGCAAGAUCAGACUCAGUUAUAAACCCAGGGUAUAACUUUUGAGGAUUAAAUGAAGAAAUAGUCUAUCUGCCUGUCACUACAAAAUUCUUAUUGUUUAACAGUUUAAGAGAUAGUGGUCGCUUAGGUGCAGGUGCAGUGCCAUUUUUACUCUUCCAGCUAUUUUCUGUGUUCUCAGAUGUAAUCCUGAAAAAUAAGCUAGCGUCUCUACAGACAUCAGUCAUGACUGGUUCAGCUAUAUAUGACUACUAGAUCAUUGUUAUUCUAAAUAAA